AUGUCUCCAUCAAUCUUCCCAUCUUAUCUCGUGCCUUCUCUACCAUUCCGCCGCCGUAAAUCAAGCACUGAUUCCAAUGUCUCUACCUCAAGUGCAGUCCCAAUGGACGACUCCACCUUUGACAACCACCUCCUAGGCAACACAUCCCUCAUCCGCUGUUCCCGCUGUCUAGCCGACCUAGCAUUAACAAGUCAAAUCGUAUCCAAAGGCUUCACAGGCCGUCAUGGACGCGCAUACCUCGUCUCUGCUUCAGAUAGCUGGAUCCAAGCUUCCCCAACUUCAAGCAAGAGAGACACUCUGCCAAAUCUGCCGAAUACCUUUACUCACAAGCCUGUUCCGAGGCAACUUGUCACAGGAGCUCACACUGUUAGUGAUAUCAGUUGUGCACAAUGUGGCAGUGUGCUAGGAUGGAAAUACGUCGCUGCCGAGGAAGAAUCUCAACAAUACAAAGUUGGCAAGUUUAUCCUGGAAACCAGACGGACUUGUCGGGAAAGUGGUUGGGAGGGCGACGCAGAUGCUGUUGUGGAAGCUGGCGGUGUCGCUGUAAAGAAUGGUUCGGGAGGACUGGAUGAUGUUGAAUUCGACAGCCAGGACGAAGACGAGUGUGAGGAUUUAUUCAUGGGGGUAUGGACUCCUCAGACCGCAGCCAGAAGACGCAAGAAGAAGGCCUUCUCGAAACAGAGUAGUUGA